AUGUGGCUGGAAGUGACCUCCACCAAUAAUGAUCCUUCCAUUGUUGGCCAGUACUAUUUAGAUUGUGUUCGUCAGAUAGAAGGUUUGUAUAAUAACGCUUCAGCAUAGUUUAAAUUAAAUAAGCACUACUUCAAUAGGAACAGUAAAAGCUAUUUAGUGUUGUUAUUCAACGUAUUAGAGAGCCAUUUUAAAUUUACUUAAGGUUCUCGUAAUUUCGUUAAUGUUUCAUUUUUGUCAUCGUAAAUACCAAUCUUUAUUAUUGUAUUAAAAUUGCACUGUUUUUCAGUUCUUAACUGCAAGAAGUGUUAAUAUAAUUUUGUUAUUAUUUACAAUUAUUAUUGUUAUUAUUAUAAUUAUUAUUGUUAUUAUUUUUGUUAUUAUUAUUAGUUACAAACGUUGAUUAAAUUUGGAUUACUUUUUCUGCUUUUUUUUCAACAAGGUGCUCCUCGAAUUGUCAGGGCUGACUGUGGUACAGAAAAUGUAGUUACAGCUGGCCUUCAAAGGUAUUUUCGCUCUAAUGCUGAUGACGUCUUUGCAGCAGAAAACAGCUUUAUGUAUGGCACAUCCCCUGCUAACCAGGUAAAUCGCUAAGAAAUUAAUGAGCUUAUAAGGAACACUUUUGCAAUGUAAAUGAAAACCACCAAAUGCAUAAUGCGAGUCCCUAGAUACAUUCAAAGCAAGAGAAAAUAGACACCUUGUAGCUACCCUCGACGUAUAUUCAGUUUUACUCGGUUGGUGUUUAAUUUUAUCUAGAGAAUUGAGGCUUGGUGGUCCGUUUUAAGAAAAUCGAAUGCCGACUGGUGGAUAAAAUAUUUUAAGGUAAUUAAGAUAUGCGUACAACGUUAGCUUACCGGUGUAUAAUAAUUUAACAAUAAUAUAAUUAUAUUUAUAAUGCGCGAAUUUCAGGGCGAAUUUCAUUCAAUUAUUUUAAGAAAAGUUAUAAUUAAAAUUAAAAGUUAACUUACAAUAAUGAAAACAACGGUAACAAAAAUGCAUGACGAGGUAAAGGUGAAUUUAAAAUACUGACUGUGUGCUUCUUAUUUCAAAUGGUAGCGCAUUCCCCAAAAAGAAAAUGCACCUACUGUAGCUCUGGAUUAAAAACGCGGGCAUGCAAUUUAUUACAUGAAUUUUUAGCGGCACGUUUAUUAAGUUAUUUUGAAGAAUCGUUUUUAGUGACACUUUUAUGUAGCGAGUUUUCGUAAAUUAAGUGUCGCAAAGAUUUCAUGUAAUAAGGCAAGUAAAACUUUAUCACUGAAAUAUCCUAUCUUGGACCCUUAGAUUACAUUUGGAUCGGGGCGUAAGAGAAAUAAGAGACGAUUAGUAAGAAGGGGUAGCCAGUGCAACUCAUGAUCAUAUUAAAGAGGCGUUACAUGGCAAACAUUUUUUGUUUUUGUAGUCACGUUUUUAAAGAUCAUAAGACAUUGGUCUAUGCUCAUCUGUUUCUAAUAACCAUAAUCCUUUAAAUCUGAGUUUUAUAAAACAGAUCAAAUGGGAUGAAAUUAAAGCACUUUCAGACUUUUCAGCAGAGCUUGUGAAAAACAAUCAUUUAUUAAACCUGAAUCUGAGCGUUUAUAUUAAAACUUUUUAUUUAAUUUCAUUGUAAUGUUUUGUUUUGCGGCAGGAUCUAAGAGACACUGGAGUUUAUGAUGACAGUGAUCCCCUACAAAUGUAAAAGUGUUUUCUUUAUUUAACAUAUAUAUAUAUAUAUAUUUACCAGACUAGAAAAAGAGGAACAGGCAAUGCUGGGAAUAAGGCAGAUAGCCUUCUUCAUAUACUAAUUCUCAGCCUUAUUCAGCUGGUGUUGCUGGUUGGUUUAAUUUAGGGUACGCCUGAUUUAGCUUACUUGCUCCUUGAUUAAACAAAAUGGAAAAAAAAUCUUCUCUUGUAGGUGAUUCCUUUUGUUCGGUUCUGACCGGGCUAUACAAAUUAUGAUUUUCAUGAUGAUGAUGGUCAUUAUAUCAGUAACAGCUAUUUUAAUUAUGAUUGUUAUUGCUGUUUAAAUAUUUUACCAUAAUUAUCCAAAUAGCUGUACGUUUUUCUUGACAUAAUCAUCCAUAAUUUUGUAUUGUUAUAACAACCAAGAGUCGUCGACUAAUAAGUUUUUAUUUCUUAAAAGGCAGCUUUGUCUAUUUUGAACUUUAAAUUAUGUUUUUCUAAUUAUUGCGUUCCAGAGCAUGUCUGCAGUUUUGUUUUACUGGCUUGUUACAAGAGGAGUUGCACCGAGUUGCAAGACACUGGAACACACACAGGAUAAGACCAUAUCCUAACCAAGAGAGCCAUCCUGGAAAACCUGACGUUUUGUUCUUUAUCCCAGAACUUAAAGGCAAGUAA